AUGGCAGCUAUUCGUGCUGCUGGAGGUGCCCAGAAAGCAAGGCUCAGGAAAGUAGCUUCAUCGAGGCGUGCGGCCAAGGAGAGCGAGUCGCUUGCUUCAUCUGCUUUAGCGGAAAACAAAUCAUCUUCUGGUGGAAAUGACCUGAUGGCCUCAUUAGCGAAAGCACUGGAGGCUAGAAGAAAAGGUAUUUCCUAUUGUAGCUCAGAAAAUUGUAAAAAAUUUCGUAAAGAUUGA